CUACUUGGGUAAGAAGUUACUUCUAAUUAGCCAGUCUCUUCUUGCUCGCCUCAUUUGUCCGCAUCCUCUCCUCAGGGACCAGAGACCAGAGGCCCCUAAACCUUUUAACAGGCAUCAGAUCUAAGAAGCUCGUUUUUUGCCGCUGGCAUUCUUUUGGUGCGCCCAGCUUUUACGCACCACCUGAACGGACUCAGCACCGUAGCGCGACUCGAGUUUUGUUGAUUUUUCUGGUAUUUAGUGUUUUAAAUUCUAGUCCUGUGCUGUUGUUUUUUUUUUGUUAUGAUCGUUGUUAUUAUCUGCGCAUAGAGAGCACAAAAUACGGAGGCCGAUCCACAUACUUGUUUUACGCGUCAGGUGUGAGCAGGUGUAAAGGUCUACUCGCUUCAACAGGUGCCUGGCUCUGUAGGACUAAGUUAGAGUCGGCUGCGAAGGUAAGAAUAGGGCCAACGAGGGAAAUCAAUAACAACAACUAAGUGACAAACAACACAGGGCAAAAGAAAAACAGAGGGAGGGAGUGUCAGAUAAAACGAGAGAGAGAGAGAGAGAGAGAGAGAGAGAGAGAGGGAGAGACACCCCCCUAGACUAACUAGGAGACCCAGCCCCCGGUCCGAGAGAAGGAGAGAGAGAGUGAGGGAGUGAGGGAGUGUUUUAAAGCCGGCAGGAGGCAUGAUGUCCUACAUUAAGCAACCCCAUUACGCCGUGAACGGGUUAACGCUGUCCGGCCCGGGCAUGGAUCUGCUCCACACAGCCGCCGUUGGAUACCCCAGCACGCCACGCAAACAGCGUCGGGAGCGCACCACCUUCACUCGCGCGCAGCUGGACAUCCUGGAGGCGUUGUUUGCCAAAACCCGCUACCCAGACAUAUUCAUGAGGGAGGAGGUGGCCCUCAAGAUCAACCUGCCUGAGUCCAGAGUCCAGGUUUGGUUCAAGAACCGUCGUGCCAAGUGCCGCCAGCAGCAGCAGCAGAGCACAGGCCAGUCCAAACCACGGCCUCCCAAGAAGAAGGCCUCCCCCGCUCGCGAAGCCAACACCGAGGCCAGUGCCAACCCCGCCAACGGACCCUACAGCCCUCCACCCCCGCCCCCGGGCACCGCCAUCACCCCCAGCUCCAGCUCAGCCAGCGCCACGGUGUCCAUCUGGAGCCCGGCCUCCAUCUCUCCGCUGCCAGACCCUCUGUCCGCCUCCACCACCCCCUGCAUGCAGCGCACCACCACCUACCCCAUGACCUACACUCAGGCCCCCGCCUACAGCCAGAGCUACGCCAGCUCCUCCUCCUACUUCACUGGCCUGGACUGUAGCUCCUACCUGUCCCCCAUGCACCCGCAGCUGUCGGGCACCGGAGGGGCCCUGAGCCCCAUCACGGCCUCCUCUAUGGGCGGGCCCCUGAGCCAGUCCCCCGCCUCGCUCUCCUCACAGGGCUACACGGCUGCCUCGCUGGGCUUUGGAGCUGUCGACUGUCUAGAUUACAAGGACCAAGCUGCCUGGAAGCUCAAUUUCAAUGCCACUGACUGUCUGGACUACAAAGACCAGAACUCCUGGAAGUUCCAGGUUUUGUAAAUAACAGGAAGUGCAAUGGGGAGGGAAGGGGAAGAAGUGAGAAAUCAAACAAAAUCCAGAUUACCUUUGGUGUGUUUUAGAAGAAGAAGGACUUGGGACACAAUAAUCAAUAAAUCAUAUCGGUUGAAGAACUAAUCAGCUGAAAUCAGUUCUUUAUUCUUGUUGUAGAAACAUGUUUUGGAUGUUAACUGCCCUGUUUCUGCUUGAUUGUAAUGAAGAGAUGAUAGUGCUACUAAACAACACAGAGGUCCUCCCUGCAAUGAAGGAAUGGCCAUUUAUUGGAAGUAUCUGACCAAUUAAUUAGCAAGAAAGCAGCUUUAAUUGUCUUCUCUGGUGCAAAUGGUUGUAAUUAAUACAGUAAAACUAUAAUUAUUGAGAAGAAACGUUGUGACCUUGUUUUAAUGGCCCCAACAGUUUCAGCGUGAUAUUUAUUGUGUAGACAACUCUGCAGGUUAACAAUGAGGCCCCAAGCGUGUUCAUUCCUUCUUUUUAGACUUUGUCUUUUUCUGCGACAUAUUUUCUCUCAUGAAGCUGCUUUUCAAGCCCCAGCUGGCGUCUACAGGGCGGCCAUCGUCGAAACGGCGUCGCCGCCGACUCCCGGUAGCCUUGUGCGACACCGACCCUCGCGCAGAGGGAGUAGAGUUGGUCCCUCGGGGGCCGCAGUACAAACCCGUUGCCUUUGAGCAUGGUCGUAGUCGUUAGCGUGGCUCAUAGUUUUAAUAGGAUCACCUCCACAUAAUAUGGCCAACAAUGGCCGCACUGUGCCCCCCCCCUUCACUCCACCUCAGCGUUUGCAUGUGGUCAGCAGAUUGUUGCAGCAGUUUCUCGGUCUCCAAAUGACUUUAUCGUACACUUCAUUAGUUGGAAACUGCUCCCGCGAGGAUUUGGAUCGGCGAGAAGGUUGCACCAGAGAAAGGGAAGGGACCGGCCCCUUUGCACAGAGAGCUCGGUGACUCCCUCAGCCUCAGCCUGGAACAACGCGAUGGCUACCACUUUAUGUGUUUGAUGUGUUGUCUGAUUUUUCUUUUGUAUUAGACUUAAACAAUAUUACGUUUCUUUUAAAAAAAAUUGUGAAUUUGUUCAAGUAAAAAGUGUGUAAAAGUUCAUGUUGUUAUCAUUGGUAUUAUUGCUGUCAUCGUGUCGUCAGCUGACACGGACGUUGCAAAUACACUUGUUGUUCCUCUGUAAAUAUUAAAACUUGAAAAUGCAAUCGCGUCUGGUUUCAGCUCCACAGACGUCCAACCCAACAGAAUCUCUCUCUGUCUUCAUUUCUAGAGAACUGCCAACUUUUUAUUAUCAUUUCUGUGGGUAUUUUUCUGGUUUCUGCUUCUUUUCUUUUUUUUUUCAAACUCAGGGGUUUAUCCAAUAAAGGUAGCAGUAAUAGGAUACCAUGCUGUUUAUGCUUCUGAAGAAUUUGCUGUACUUUUAUCUUUGUAUCUAUCUAUCUUCUCUGCUUAUUCUGAAUAAUUUUGUAUAUUUCAUUUGUCUCCUGUGUUUGCCCAGAUUCACCAUUAGAUAGCUAAAAUGUUUCUGAGACAUUAAACUAAUUCAUUAAA